UUGAAUGUCAUUUGACGGUUUAUUUGGUGUCUAUUCAGUUCAAAAUACUUGAACGCUCAUUUGAGGUUUAACUGCAUUUUUGUUCACUAGAUAUUUUAUGAUUGCUUGACUUUGUAAUACACAGAGGUUUAAAUUGUGUCUUUUCUGGACUAGUUAUUCGUAUUCACAGAGAUACUGUGAAAUUAAGAAUUUUGCUUAACUUAAGUUUUUAUGUUUUGUUUGCUUAAAAAGUCAAUUAUCAAAAUGGCAGACUUGUCUAUGUCUUCUCUAGCCAUAGGCUCUGAUGAGGUCGAGGAUUUUAUUUGUUCGUCAUGCAAAGAGCAAGCAAAUGCAGAUUUUUACUGCAAAACAUGUUUGAAACUUUAUUGUUGGAAAUGUAUUCUGUUGCAUGAUAAGUGGUUUAAAAAACAUUCAGCGUAUGGAAGGCAUGAAAUGAACAAAUGGCCAGUUUCCAAACAGGUGGAGGAAUUUCUAUUAAAGUGUGAAGCAAACAAGGAUGACAAAAUUGAAAUGUUAUGUGAUGACCACAGUCAGCUGUGCUGCACAAAGUGCGCCUUCAAUAAUCACAGCCAGUGCAGUAAAGUGACUCCAAUUAAUGAGCUGACCAACACUCAGCCCACAGACCUACAGGGACUGUCAGUGGAGCUCAAAACUGUUCUGGGAGAAAUCAAAAGCCUUCAUAUCAGUCAGGAGGCCAGCGUUGAGUCAUUGCAGAAAACAUACAAGGAACAUAGGGAAGUUAUGAUAGAGCAAAUGUGUGGCAAUUUAAAUACUUAUAUAGAUGAAUGUGAUAAUAAUUCUGUGGAUACAUCAGGCGGAAAUGAGCAAUAUUUAAAAGAAGAGAUGUGUAGGAGUGUUCUCUCUAUCGUGAAUGAAUUUGAUAAUAUUACUGCGAAGGAACUUAACGAGAUGAAAGAUGAAGUUAUCAGCAUAAAAGAGUCAGUUACAAGUUCUAUUCAUAAAUGCACCAGUCUUCACAAUGACUUGUCACAUUUCCAUGAAUUUGUUCAGAAAAUUGGAGAUAAUAAGGAGCUCUGCCUUAUAGCCAGCAUAAAAUGUAAGCAUAUAAUACAGCAGGCAUUAACUCUGCUGGGAAAGUCAAGCAAGGUGUUUAAUGUCCAGAGUAUUACUAAGCACAAUGUGAGAAUACCAAGUGAUAAAGGUGUAUGUUAUAUCAGUGGCAUAUGUGUUCUUCCCGAUGGGCAGGUACUGGUUAUAGACUGGAAUAAUCAGAAUGUCAAGCUGCUGAACCAGCAAUACCAGGUGGUGAGUCACUGGGAUGUGAAUGCUUGGCCAUUGGACAUUUGUUUGAUCACACCCAGUGAGGUUGCAGUGGCUGUGAAUACUAGUAACAUACAUGAGGUCCAAUUUAUCACGGUCAACCAGGGAAAGCUUGUUUCUGGCAGGAAGUUUCAGUUACAACAUAAAUGUACAUGUAUUACCCAUCACCAAGGAGACCUUUUUGUCACCUCUGGUCAACAACUGUACAAAUACUCACUGAAUGGCAAACAGCUCUGCAGACUCUACCAAGAUAGAUCAGCUUAUUGGUCAGGCCUUGAGUUUUUAUAA